AUGCAUACUUUUAAACUUCCUAAUUAUCCAUCAGAACAAGUCCAUAUAGCACUCUAUAUUAAUAUUAAAAAUUUACAGUAUAUAAAAAACUUGGUUGUAUCUGGAAAUCUUGGUUUUCAAUGCGCUUUUAUUGAUGCUUCAACUAUAAUUUCAUUUUAUCAAAUUCUAGCUGCAGUGCAUAAUUCUAUUAGAAAUUGUAAAGAGAACGAGUUACGAACUAAAAACAUUUAUUCUGAAAUAAUCUAUUCAUUAUCAUCUACAUUAAGCAUUAUCGAUGCUUUUGAAAAAUUUGGUAUAACAAAUAAAACAGAAAAUCUUAUUGUUAUCAAAAUUGGUGGUAAAAAAGAACAAGUUGAAAAUGACCUUAAAAAAAUAAUAAAUGGAACGGAAAUAGAACCUAAUGAUUCUAAUAUUGAAAAGAUACGUGAUAUGAUAAAGAUUUAUAAGGUUAAAAAUAUUUAUUAA